AUGAGCGUCUGUGUGUGCAUGGACCCGCUGCUCACACGUGCUGACAGGCAGCCUGCAGCCGGUGCCCUCGUGCCAGUUCAUCGGCUCCAGAAUGGAAAGAGAAAACGGCCUAUUCCCGAUGCACUUAUUCCCACCAGCAGCACCAACACGCUGGUCGCCAGCCGUCAUUCCUCAGCACAUCCAGGAAUGCCGAAAAGUGACGUGGAGCUGCCAGCCAGCAAUGCCACAAUCCCCGCACACAUGUCGGCCCCACCAGAGAAGACACACAAAUCACAAGCGACACCCCUCACAUGUCAUCCGAACAUCAUUCCGACACACCGCGACACGCCAAACAGAAGUAUUCGUCACUCCAUGCACCUCCCCACACAAUCAAAUAGUCCACGCACCACGCACGGCAGCAGCUCACACGCACUCAGACAAAUGUUCCUCGGAUCAGUGUUAUCCACGUGCUGCGGUGGGAAGUAA